UCAUUCUUCUCAGAACAGAGCACCAACACAGAUCAUAUCAUCGUCGCCAUGGCCACCUCUGCCAUCCAACAAUCAGCAUUUGUCGGACAGACUGCAUUGAAGCAGGCAAACGAGCUUGUCCGCAAGGCUGGUGCCUCCGGCAAUGGCCGCUUCACCAUGCGCCGCACCGUCAAGAGCGCUCCUCAGAGCAUCUGGUACGGACCUGACCGUCCCAAGUACUUGGGUCCCUUCUCCGAGCAAAUUCCAUCGUACCUGACCGGUGAAUUUCCCGGCGACUACGGGUGGGACACCGCCGGAUUAUCGGCAGACCCCGAGACCUUUGCGAGAAACCGUGAGCUGGAAGUGAUUCACUGCAGAUGGGCCAUGCUCGGCGCUCUGGGAUGCGUCUUCCCUGAAAUCCUAGAGAAGAACGGCGUCAAGUUCGGCGAGGCAGUGUGGUUCAAGGCCGGCGCCCAGAUCUUCUCCGAGGGCGGGCUCGAUUAUCUUGGCAACCCAAACCUCAUCCACGCUCAGAGCAUCCUCGCCAUCUGGGCCUGUCAGGUGGUGCUCAUGGGAUUCGUUGAAGGGUACAGGGUUGGUGGAGGACCUCUCGGAGAAGGGCUUGACCCGAUCUACCCAGGAGGUGCUUUUGACCCGCUUGGUCUGGCCGACGACCCGGAUGCAUUUGCAGAGUUGAAGGUGAAGGAAAUCAAGAAUGGGCGAUUAGCAAUGUUCUCCAUGUUUGGAUUCUUCGUUCAGGCCAUCGUCACCGGCAAGGGUCCUAUCCAAAACCUUUAUGAUCACGUUGCCGAUCCUGUUGCCAACAACGCUUGGGCUUAUGCCACUAACUUCGUCCCCGGACAAUGAAGAUAGAUAGAUUCGCCCCUCAAUUCUUCUGCUACAAUUACUAAUCGUGUAAUGUAAUCACACCUAUCACUAGUUGCGUAAUUACCCUAGCAGAAGAAUCUGUACCAGAGUGGUUUCGUAUUAUUAGUGGAAUUUACAUGUUGAAUAUUUUUUUUCA